CUGAGCGCGCAGCCGGUCGCUCUCCGCCUUCGCCUCCUCCCGCUCCAGGAGGGAGGCUUCCGCCUGAGAGGUUUCGUUCCGCAGCUGCGUUUGGCAUUCGGUCAACUGGACGGACGGCUCCGAAUGGAUCUGGUGCAGGUAUAAACCCAGGAAGAGGAGCGACAGGGCGCAGGGGGCCGCGAUGGCCGCUCCGCAACAGAAGGUCACCUUUUUCCGCGUCAAACAAGCCCUCUGGCUCUUCCCGUCCUUCAUAUCUGCCGGGGAUUCGGGGCAACGGACGUACGAGACCUCCCCACCCAUCUAAAGGGAAAGGCAGAAAAAGUCACGGGAGGAAAGGCGUCCCCUCCGCCUCCGCGCCUCCGGCUCGCUCUCCCUCGCCUUUUCCUGUUAUUCGUCUGACUUUCCAGAAAAGGCUGCCGGCAGGAGGACGAUGCGCACUGUGGGAAUCGAAACUAUCCAGGCCCCCCUUUCAAAAGCCCGACGGAGACUCUGUUGCCAGCCAGCGAAAGGGGAUCAUCGACACAAGUAUAAUUCAGCAGGAGAGACUCCAGGCUAUAGCGGAGAAGAGAAAGCGCCAAGCGGAGAUUGAGAAUAAACGGCGGCAACUGGAAGAUGACAGGCGUCAGUUACAACACUUAAAGUCGAAGACUCUGAGGGAGAGAUGGUUGCUGGAGGGCGCCCCGUCAUCCACAGCCGAGGACAGCGAGGCCAUGAAGAAGCAGAUGCAGGAGGACGACUUGAAAGCCAAGGAGCUAGACGAGAGCAUCCAGAGGCUGGAGAAGGAACUAGAACAACUGGAAAACAGCCUCUCCGCCUCUUCCACCAAAGAGAGCAUGGCCAAGGAGACCAGGGUGAUGGCCAAGGAAGAAAAGGUACCGCAUACGCCGAAGACUCCUAUAGGCUCAGCCAAAGCAGACAACAAAGGCGCCAACAGCCCCAUAAGAGUGGUGGAAGGUGGAGGCAUGAUGAAAGCAGCCAUGUACUCUGUGGAGAUUACUGUGGAAAAGGACAAACUCACGGGGGAGACCAAGGUCCUGUCCAGCACCACUAGGCUACCCAAGGGCCACUCGGUCCAGGGGGUCAAAGUGUACGAGGAUGAGACGAAAGUGGUCCACGCAGUCCGUGCCAAAGACGGCGCCAUGGAGAACGGCCUCCACCAGCUCAGCUCCUCAGAGGUGGACGAACUCAUCCAUAAGGCUGAUGAGGUAAUCCUGAGCGAGGUCUCGGAAAUGGCCAAGGAUGCCCAAGGGUCCAAAAGCAACCCCCCAAGCCAGAGGGCCACACCCCGGAAGGAUAUCACCGGCGUGCAGGCUAAGGUGGUAGGGAGCCCCAAGCUGAUGGCCCCGGGCGAGCCCAGCAAAGACCAGCCGGUCACCAUGAUCUUCAUGGGGUACCAGAACGUGGAAGACGAGAACGAGACCAAAAAGGUCCUCGGCCUGGAGGGUACAAUCAAGGCGGAGCUCGUGGUGAUCGAAGACGCCGAGAACAAGCCGGCGGUGGAUUGCAUGGGGAAGGACCACGCCCCACCCAACGGCAACAUGGUGGAGCCCGGGACAGCCCUCCCCCAGAAGGAAGAGAAACAAGGCAGUGAGCAGCCCUCGGCCAAUGACACUGACCCCAAAGGAGCAGGCCGGGAUCUCGAUGCGAAGAAACAGCGCUGUAAAUGCUGUUCAGUGAUGUAAGAUGCCUCCCUUGCCUGGCCCCGCCCUCAACUGUACAGCCAAUCAGGACUGCCUCUCCCCCCAUAUCUGUCACCUUGACUCCGCCUCUUUGGAUACCUUCCGAGUCCUACGCAAACUCCAAGGUUUAGAAUUCUUUUAUUUUUACUCUACAUGCAACUCCCCAAAUUGGGUUCCUGCCCUUCAUUUCUAUUUUCAAGCGACUGAGGAAAUAUAAUGCAGUACUUUGGUGGGGGGGAGAGUCAAAUGUAUAUGACACUGAGCUGCCAGCCUCAAUUUUCCCCCCUCUGCCUCUAUCUAACAUCCUUAUUCACUUUUUCAUACAUGGGACAUUGCAAAAAAAUUAUUAGAAACCCAGCGCCAUGCAAUCCUACCCCACUGACGCUUGAAAGAAAAAAGGCAGCCUGUUGUUUGUACAUGACAGAAAUCGGCUGUGAUUCGAGGCAUCACCCAGAUUUUGGAAACUGGCUUGGAUAGCUGCUCCGUCUGCAAGACAAUCCCGCUACAGCUUCGCACUCCUUCCCAAACUUCCUAAUCCAGCCAACAUGAUCAAUUUUUACUAUUAUUAUUAUUUUGCCUGGGACCCAAAAGACCCUUGUUGUGACCUGGAAUUUGAUCCCUCUUAGAACCAUUGUCUUUCCAACCAUUUGGGGCAGCCCAUGUAUGGAGGGGCUGAAGAACACUGGCCACGAUUGGGUCUGCUGUAAAAUGGCCAUCUCUACAGGAGUCCCCCUCACAGGGUGGGUCUGCCACCAUGAGCCAAGAGUCCUGCUCAAGGAUUUCAUGCAGUGAUUGGUGCUCUCUCCAUCGACAUUGGGCUGUCCACCUCCUCCCCGGCAAUAGACAAAGGUCAACCUUAGCCGCCAUUAUCGAGGAGGCUCUGGUCAUCGGAACAUCUGCACCACCAGCGGCCAACCAGCCUCCAUCACCAAAGCCUCAACUCUCUUCCUGGACUCCAGGCCUCUCCUGACUGAGCCAGUGUCCCAGAACAGCUGGUGCCCAACAGAAACGGCGAGGAAAAAGAGACGCAACUUGGGACUUCUUUAAAGCCUGUGAGAGGAGAACGCCAGGCCUUGAACGCCAGGCCCGCUGUGAAUGUGAGCGAUGAGGACACCAUCAAGUUCUGCAGAGAUUACAUUGCUGAUGUGUUAGCCCCCUCGCUCGUUUUUCUCCUCUCAAAGCCUCACUCCUUGGUCGCCCCAGACUCUGUCUCAUCUAGUGUACCAGACAUGGUGAUCUCUCCCCUUCGUGUGCCUAGUCCUCUGUCACAACUCGCUUCUUGGCCCUCCUUGGCUCGCUAAAGUGCACUUCCCCCCUUCUGCUGAGCUUUUUGAUCGUCAUGAAGACCAGCUGCUUAAAGUUCCACCUUUGCUCCCUCACACACACCAACCUUCCUGUUUCCCCAUUGUUGGUUUGUAAUAUACUGGAACAGAGCAAAAUAAAAGGUGUGAAUCAUCUGGGCGGGAGAGAGAAAGAGAGAGAGAAAUGGAUCUGUAGCUUUGUCUUCAUUAUUUUCCUUGCCUGUUUAAAAGAUUUGCAGCUUGCGCUUCUAGCAGCAUGAUCAGAAUGGUGUGGUGUAGUGGUUUCAAGGGGCUGUCUGAGGUGCUGAAACCGAUUCCCCAAAUAGGUUCAGUACCUUGGACAGGCUCUUGAAAGUCUGGACUGAAACCUGGAGCGGAUUCACUGCCCUUCUGGCAUCAGGACCUCCAGUCUUCACGGAGCAAUUGCCUUUUCCCCAGUGGGGGAGUCUUGGAGGAGAGGUGAAUGAAUGAAAGGUCAUUGUUUAAAGCAGGCUCAAAAUUGACCAUAGUCCAGCAUGGGAUUCCCAGCAUUCAGAGACAUACACUGUAUUGCCUCUGACAAUGAAGGGACAACAUAGCCAGCCUCAUGGCUAGUGGCCACUGAUAGCCUUCUCCUCCAUGAAUUUGUCUGAUCCUCUGUUCCAGCCAUCCAAGUUGGUAGACGUCACUGCCUCUUGUGGGAGUGAGUUCCAGAGUUUAACUUUGCGCUGUGUGAAGACUUUCUUUAGUCUUCUCCCAAAUCUUCCAGUAUUCAGCUUCAGUGGAUGUCCACAAACUCUAGUGUUAGGAAAGAAGAACUUCUCUCUAUCCACUUUUUCCAUGCAUAACUUUACACACCUCUAUCAUGUCUCCUCUUAUUCACCUUUUCUCUAAAUUAAAAAAAACCCAAAUAGAAUUACCUGAAAAUCUUGAUGUUAAGCAUGGAUUUGUUUUUUUUAAAAAUCCCCCUCUCCAUGAGAGGUAAGUUACUUACACACACACACAACUUCUGCUAAUAA